AUGAUCGCGAAAUUCAACAUCAACGAGUUGCUCACAAAAAUCCACGGUUCAUCAAAUGAAGAUGAAAUCGAAACGAAGCUGGUUAAAAAGCGAGAAAUCUACUCUUCCGCUGGAUUCGAAAACUGCUCCGUUAAAUUUCUCAGUCCAACGAGCUUUGAUGACAUUUCCGAAUCCGCCGAUUUCAAGGCGAAAUUCGAUGUAAUUUCGCUCUCCGUUUCUCAUUGCCAAAAACUCUCGCACUCGAUCAUCCAGAAUUGCCUCAAGCCCGAAUCUCACAUUUUCGCCGAGACUCCUCAGUUCAUCACCGAUUUGAACAAAGAGCAGCUCGCCAGUACGUUGAAAAUCAUCAAGCAGCUCGGCAAAGACUCGAAUCUUUCGGAAAUCGAAGAUGAAUCGCUCAAGGGCCUGCUAGUUUUUACAAAUUAA